AUGCCGCAACAACUGCCCAGCAAGGAGGCGACGCUCUUCCGCUCGCUCAUCAAGUUCUACGAGGGCAAGCUGUACAAGAAGGGCCUCAAAGCUGCCGAGCAGAUCUUGAAGAAAUACCCCACCCAUGGCGACACCCAGGCCAUGAAGGCCCUGAUCCUCAACUCCCAGGGCCAGGGCGACGAAGCUUUCGCUCUCUGCAAAGAAGCCCUCCGCAAUGACAUGAAGUCGCACGUCUGCUGGCACGUCUACGGCCUGUUAUGGCGAUCGGUCAAGAACUACCCCGAGGCAAUCAAGUCGUACAAGAUGGCCCUGCGCAUAGAACCGGCCUCGCUGAACAUCCUCCGCGACCUCGCUCUUCUCCAAUGCCAAGUCCGCGACUACGACGGAUACAUUGAGAGCCGGCGAAAGAUGAUGCAGGAGCGCCCACAACUGCGCCAGAACUGGACGGCAUUGGCAGUCGCUUACCAUCUGUCAGGCAACUACGCUGAGGCCGAAAACAUCCUCAAGACGUACGAAGAGACGCUCAAACAACCCCCCGCCAAGUCGGACCUCGAGCACUCCGAAGCGACUCUCUACAAGAACAUGAUAAUAUACGAGUCGGGCGACGUGGAACGUGCGCUGAACCACUUGGAAGACGUGGUGCGCGUCAGCCUGGAUCGCACCGCUGCGUUGGAACUCAAGGCGAAAUACCUCCUCGAGUUGGGACGGAAAGAGGAGGCUGAGAAGGCAUACAGGAUUCUUUUGAGCAGGAACAGCGAGUACCGCGCAUACUUCGACGGCUUGGAGAAGGCCCUCGGUCUAGACCGGUCCAACAACGCCGACAUCGAGAAGCUGAACGAGCUGUACCAGUCUUUCGCCAGCAAGAAUCAGCGCAACGAUGCUGCGAGGCGGAUACCGUUGGACUUCCUUCAGGGCGAGGCUUUCAAGACACAGGCGGAUGCCUAUCUCCGGGGCAAGCUGAACAAGGGCGUGCCCUCGACCUUCCCCAACAUCAAGUCGCUUUACCGCGACGAGGAAAAGAAGGCAGUCAUCGAAGAGCUGGUCCUUGGCUAUGCUUCCAGCAAACCGACGAGCGACGAGAGCAACGGCGACAAUUCCGACCGGUUCGACGAGGCUGUACUAUAUUUCCUGGCCCAGCAUUACAAUUACGUCCAAAGUCGCGACCUGGAGAAGGCCAUGGAGUACAUAGACAAGCUACUCGAGAAGGACCCGAAAUCGGUCGAUUACAACCAGACAAAAGCUCGGAUCUACAAGCACAUGGGCGACGUACAAAAGGCCGCGGAAAUCCUCGACCAAGCACAAGAGCUGGAAAAGGGCGAUCGAUACAUCAACACCAAGUGCGCCAAAUACCAGUUACGAAACAACGAGAACGAAACCGCGCUUAACACUAUGAGUAAAUUCACUCGCAACGAGACUGUGGGCGGACCUCUCGGUGAUCUCCACGACAUGCAGUGUAUGUGGUACCUGCUUGAAGACGGCGAGGCAUACUUGCGACAAGAGAAACUCGGUCUGGCUCUCAAGCGCUUCACCGCCAUUGCAGACAUCUUCGAUGUGUGGCAUGAGGACCAGUUCGACUUCCACAGCUUCUCAUUACGGAAGGGCCAGAUCCGCGCUUACAUCGACAUGGUCAGAUGGGAAGACCACCUCCGCGACCAUCCUUUCUUCACUAGGGCAGCCACUCAGGCAGUCGAGCUAUACGUACGGCUAGCGGACAACCCUAAGCUAUCGAGCUCGGACGAGCUUGAUCUGGAAAACCUGGAUCCUACCGAGCGCAAGAAAGCGCAAAAGAAGGCGAAGAAGGAGAGGGAGAUGGCCGAGAAGGCCGAGGCCGAGCGCAAAGCUGCUGCUGCCGCAAAGGCGACUGCCAAGGCCGAUGAUGGCGAGACAAAGAAGGAAGACCAAGAUCCAAAUGGCGAGAAGUUGCUCCAGACAAAGCAGCCUCUUGAGGACGCACUACGAUUCUUGCAGCCUAUGCUCGAGCUAGCCCCCAAGAACAUUGGAGCUCAGAACGCGGGUUUCGAGGUCUAUCUCCGACGAAACAAGUAUUUGCUCGCCCUGAAGUGUCUGCAGUCUGCACGGGAGAUCGACCCAGAGAACCCCAAGCUGCACGAGCAGAGCGUUCGCUUCCGUCAAGCUAUCUCCAAACCCGCUGAGCCCCUCUCAUCUCAGGCCUCGGAGGUCAUCAAGGAGUCCUUCACCACACCACCUGCCGAUGCCGACCUCAAAGCCUACAACGAUGACUUCCUGAAGAAGCACUCGCAGAGCGCAUCCCAUCUGCAGUCCGGAUACAAUGUCCGGUAUAUCCUCGACAACAGCUCGAAAUCCCAGAACGAGCAAGACCUACAGAAGACUUUGGAACUGUCGAGCAUUACGAUAGAAGAAGCUCAAGCCGGACUCGCACUACUCACUCAGUGGAAGAGUGAACAGAAGGUCAAGGACGACUACAGGGCGAAGGCCGCAGGUCGUUGGAGCUCUGCCACCGUUUUCAAGAACUAA